AUGGAGCUAUUGGUGCGAUAUUUGGACAGGAGAAACUCUGUCAGUUCUCUCAUGACAUCAGACAUUAUCAAAGAGGAGAAUCUUCGAGAUGACUUGAAGUUUUAUUUCAUGAGCCCCUGUGAGAAGUACAGGGCCAGACGCCACUUUCCCUGGAAAAUGGGUGUUCAGAUAUUAAAAAUUAUCAUGAUCACCACACAGCUUGUUCUAUUUGGCCUCAACAAUCAGUUAGUGGUGGCAUAUAAAGAGGAGAACACCAUGAGCCUCAAAAACUUAUUUCUAAAAGAUUAUAGCGGAGUGGACCCAGACGACUACAGUGUGGCUGUUUACACUCAGGAAGGCGUCUACGACAGUCUCUUUUACAUCUUUGAUCAGUACAGCCAGUUGGGAGAGCUGUCAGUGGGUCCUAUCAGUUAUGCAGAAGACACAGAUAGAAAUCUGCUUCCAAUAACCGUUUGUAAAGAGAGCUACAGAAGAGGCGACAUCAGCCCGUCUGAUGAAGCCUUUGACAUCGACGCAGAGCUUGAAAAAGUUUGCAUUCACCAUGAGCCAAGAACUGUGAACCAGUGGAAAACCCAAAACUCCUCCUUUUUCGACCUAGACUUCUACAGACUUAUUGACAUAAAAAUAAACUUUCAACUGAAGGGAAUAAACCUGCAGACUGUUCGUCAAAGGGAACUGCCCGACUGCUAUUCAUUUGAUGUAUUGAUAACAUUUGACAACCAUUGUCACAGUGGAAUGGUCAAAGUUUUCUUGGACAUUGAUGCUGAGAGCAGUGCUUGCAAAGACUGGAAAAUAUCAGGAACAGCUCAGAAGAACACGCACUAUCUCCUGGUGUUUGAUGCUUUUGUCAUCCUGGUGUGCAUCAUCUCUGCUGUCCUCUGCUCCCGCUCCAUUGUGCUGGCCGUCAGACUGCUGCAGAGAUUUUCUCGAUAUUUAGAUGAGAACUACAGUCGCAAAGUUUGUGAAGACGACCAGAGUGAGUUUCUUAAUGGCUGGUAUUUGAUGGUCAUCACCAGUGAUGUCUUGACCAUUAUUGGAUCCAUUUUGAAGAUGGAAAUUCAGGCAAAAAGUCUGACGAGUUAUGAUGUGUGCAGUAUUUUACUGGGAACGUCCACAUUGUUGGUGUGGGUCGGGGUCAUCAGAUACUUGGGCUACUUCCAGAAAUAUAAUGUGUUGAUUUUGACAAUGAAAGCAGCGUUCCCCAAAGUCCUGCGCUUCUGUUGCUGUGCAGGGAUGAUCUACCUGGGCUACACCUUCUGCGGCUGGAUUGUCCUGGGCCCGUAUCACGAAAAGUUUGAGGGCCUGAGUCUUGUGGCAGAGUGUCUGUUUUCUCUGGUGAAUGGAGACGACAUGUUCACCACGUUUGCGCAGCUCAAGGAUAAGAACACGCUGGUGUGGGUCUUCAGCAGGGCCUACCUCUACUCCUUCAUCUCUUUGUUCAUCUACAUGGUGCUGUCGCUGUUUAUCGCCCUCAUCACUGAUGCCUACGAGACAAUCAAGAAUUAUCAAAAAGAUGGCUUCCCGCUAACAGACUUGCAGAAGUUUCUGAGAGAGCAGAAGGAUUUCACCGCUGCAGAGGAGAACAAUCAGAUAGAUGUCCAACGUCCAAGUUCUUUCCUCUGCUGUUGUAAAAGAGUUCCUGAAAAUGACGAUACUGUUAAGACACUACAAUGCUGCUUACGCUUACACGGAGUUUUUGACAACGCUUGGAAACGUCUUCACGAAAGACUAAAAAUGGCCAAUCGAAGCUGCCAUUUCAACGAGUCCAUGGGUUUUUUCUACCAAAAUGUCGGAGCGGACGACAAGUGGGCCAAAACCCAGCUCAUCUUGGUCCAAGUAGUGGGCUCUCUCUUCUGCUGCUUCAUCCUGGUCUCAAACGCUAUGGUGAUCGCCGCCGUCAUCACCAACAAGCGGUUUCAUUACCCCUUCUACUACCUGCUGGCCAACCUGGCAGCAUCGGACUUCCUUGCAGGGAUUGCCUAUGUAUACCUGAUGUUUAACACGGGCCAAAUAUCUCGACAGCUCACAGUUAAAGGGUACUUCAUCCGCCAAGGACUGCUAGACGUCAGCCUCUCCGCAUCGCUGACGAACUUACUCGUAAUAGCAUUGGAGCGAUACAUAUCCGUCCUUAGCUGGAAAGUCCACAGCAACCUGACCAAAAGGAGGGUCACUUUGCUCAUUGUGCUCGUCUGGGCCAUUUCUAUCUUCAUGGGUGCUGUUCCCAGUCUGGGUUGGAACUGCAUUUGCAACCUCGGUGACUGCUCCCAGCUUGCUCCAAUUUUCAGCAGGAGCUAUCUCGUCUUUUGGUCCGCAUCUAACUUGUUACUGUUCCUAAUAAUGGUGGCGAUCUAUGUGAGAAUUUACACGUAUGUCCAGAGGAAGACGUCCAUGCUCUCGUCACACACCAGUGGCUCCAUCAAUCGUAAAAGGACGCCCAUCAAACUCAUAAAGACUGUCAUGGUGGUUCUCGGGGCUUUCGUGCUGUGCUGGACCCCCGGGCUGGUGGUCUUGCUGCUGGACGGCCUGAACUGCACCAACUGUAACGUGGUCAAACUAAAGCGUUGGCUGCUGCUUCUGGCCGUGCUCAACUCUGUCAUGAACCCUUGCAUCUACUCCUAUAAGGACGAGGAGAUGUGGGCGACCUUCAAGAACCUCCUCCGCUGCAUUGGGAAUGGGACCAGGAGACAGAGGUCCACCAAGGCCAACAUGAGGCCCCUAAGCUCCGGACAGGACACGGGCACCAGCAGCCAGCCGCCGUCAGAGGAGAUGAAGAACGAAGAUCAAGACAUACUUAAGACGUGA